AUGCAUCUUUUCAAUGAUACACCCACAAAACCCAAUUUAUACAUUUCCGUCACUGCAGUGAAAGAUAGCGGCUUAUAUCAUAAAGAACGUCCUUUGCUUCGGCUAUGUUUGACCGUCUGGUGGUUCGACUGUCUAGGCCGCAGCGAAAAAUUAUCGUAA